AUGCCCGAGACAAACAAAUUCUUAACCCCCCUAGACAGGGACCAAUUGCAAGGCCUGGAAAACAUUCGCGAUUUCCUCAAGGUUCGCACCAGCUACGACGUCCUCCCUCUGUCGUUCCGUCUCAUCAUUCUCGACAACCAGCUCCUCAUCCGGAAAAGCCUGUCCAUCUUGAUCCAGAAUGGCAUCGUGUCAGCUCCUCUCUGGGACUCGGAAAAGUCCACCUUUGCCGGGCUGCUCACCAGCACCGACUACAUCAACCUCAUCCAGUACUACUGCCAAUACCCCGACCGGCUCAACGAGAUUGAAGAGUUCCGUCUGAGCGGACUGCGAAAGAUCGAAAAAGCCAUCGGAGCACAGCCGCUCGAGACGGUGUCGGUCCAUCCAGACCGGCCGCUGUACCACGCCUGCCGGACCAUGCUUCGGACGCGGGCUCGGCGAAUCCCGCUGGUCAACGUGGACGACGAGACCGGCCGCGAGAUGGUGGUCAGCGUCAUCACACAGUACCGCAUCCUCAAAUUCAUCGCAGUCAACAAUGAGAACAACACGGUACUGCUGCGGAAACCGGUGCGCGAGAUCGGCCUCGGCACGUACUCGAAUCUGCAGACCGCUCGCAUGGGCGACCCCGUUUUGAGUGUCAUCCACGUCAUGGUGGAGCACAACAUCUCAGCCAUUCCCAUUGUCGACGACGCCAACCGCGUACUUAACGUCUUUGAGGCCGUCGACGUCAUUCCCUGUAUCAAGGGCGGCAACUACGACGACCUGCAGUCUAGCAUCGGCGAGGCUCUCUCCAAGCGUGCCGAAGACUUUCCUGGCAUUUACACCUGCAGUGAGGAGGACCGUCUCGAUGCCAUCUUCGACACCGUCCGCAAGUCCCGUGUCCAUCGCCUAAUUGUCAUCGACGACGAGUCCCGCCUACGUGGUAUCAUCUCCCUGUCCGACAUUCUCAAAUACGUCCUGCUGCACGGCACCCCGGACGAUGAUGACGCGCCCUUCUCCAUGGACAUCCGGCCGCCUGUUACGGCCAAGCCCCAGCCUGUCCAGCCUGUCGUGCUAGGGUAG